UUGUCAGGGAAUAUUAUUUUUAGUUUGCAAAAAAAAGAGAGUGUGAACAAAAAAAAAGAAGAAAAAGAAAAAAAAAGUAAAACCAAGUCUCGAUCCAGUCUUGUGUGUGUGUAUGGUGUGUGUAUAUUUGAUUAUAUAUUGCCGCCGUUUUUUGAAAAUUUAAAAAACAAAAUUGAAUUGAAUGUUUAGUGAUUAAUAAAUAAAUAGGAUGCCUAAACGAAAAAAAUCCGGAUUUGAUGAUGGAUCGGAUUGUGGUAAACGUCGAAAAUAUGAUCUGUCGGAACAGUUACAAGAAUUGAUUGAAUCACUUCGAAAUUAUAAAACAUCACAAGGUAAAUUAUUAUGUGAAACAUUUAUGCGUGCACCAAAACGUCGAACAUUGGCUGAAUAUUAUGAAAAAGUAUCGACACCAAUCGAUCUGUUACGUAUACAACAAAAGAUUCGUAUGGAUGAAUAUGAUGAUCUUGAUCAAUUUGAAUCCGAUAUUAAAUUAUUGAUCAACAAUACAAAAGCAUUUUUUACACCAGACACUACUGAAUAUGCAGAUGCUGUAAAAUUAUGGGAUGUAUAUGUUGAUUUAAAAAAUCAAAUAUUCGGUUCAUCAAGUAGUACGGCCAGUUCGGAUGAAUCAUCAAUAGCAGCUGAAUGUAAAAAUGAUUCGGCUGAUGAAAAAUCCGAAGAAGCAGACGCUUCAUCAAUCAUAGACAGUGGUAGUGUUGAUGAUGAAGAUCCAUUUGAAGAAUUAUUCGGUGCUAUUAUGUCGGCCGUUAGUGAUGAUGGUCGACAAUUAUCAACAAUGUUUGAAUUAUUACCAUCACGUGCUGCUUAUCCAGAUUAUUAUGAUAUUGUAACCGAACCAAUUGAUUUGAAAAUGAUUGCAUCACGUAUACAAAAUCAUGAAUAUAAUAAUUUAAAUGAUUUGGAAAAAGAUUUAAUAUUAAUGAUACGUAAUGCUAAAAUGUAUAAUGCACCCGGGUCACAAAUUUAUAAAGAUGCUAAUGCAUUAAAACGUACUGUUCAACAGAAAAGAUCCGAAAUCGAAACAAGACGUACAACACCGGCUGCUAAAUCAUCCGAAAGAAUACGUGCUAAACGUCAAAAUCCAUUUGGUCAACAAAAUAAAUGGAGUUCAAUAGCGGCUGCGUUAAAAUAUGAUGAAGAUGGUCAAGGAACAUCUACAACAGCUGAUAAUGAUGAUGAUUUUGAGGAAAAUGAAUUGAAUUUUUCCGAUUCUGAACAUGAUCAAGAUGAUAAUAAAGAUUCGAAUCCACAUUGGAUGCUUUAUAAUGCUGUUUAUGAAACACCACAUUCUGAACCAUUUUUUCGUUUACCAUCACGUCGUAUUUAUCCGGAUUAUUAUAAAGAAAUUAAACAUCCAAUUUCACUUGGACAAAUUGGAAAUCGUAUUAAAACCAAUCAAUAUGAACGUAUUUCUGAUUUAUUGGAUGAUUUGAAAUUAGUGUUUGACAAUGCUAUGAAUUAUAAUCGUCCUGAUUCAAAAAUUUAUAAAAAUGCAGCCAAAUUAAAGAAAAUAUUACAGAUGAAAGCUCGUGAAAUAAUGUCCGUUUAUAAAGAUGAAGGUGGUGAAGAUGAUGAUGAUGAAUAUGAUGAUGAUGAUGAAGAUGGUGCCGAUACAGCAUAUGAUGAUGAUGAUAAUGAUGGUGGUGGUGGUGAUUCAAAUCUAAUGAUACCAUCACCAACUAAAAAAAGUAAAGCCGGUCAAAAACCAUCACGUUCAUCGAAACGAUCUAUGGUGAAUGCAAUGUCACAAGAACUUAAAAAUGUACGCCGUUCACAAAAAGCUAUUAAUUCGCAACAAAAAUCUCGAAUGAUUACUUUAUAUCGAACAGUUUUACAUUCGGAUGAUAAUGGUCGUUUGUUAAUCGAUCCGUUUAUGGAAAAACCAUCACGAAAAUUGUAUCCAGAUUAUUAUGAUGUUAUUGAACGGCCUAUCGAUAUGAAAACAAUUGAGUCAAAAAUUCGUAAUAAUCUUUAUGAAUCCGAAACUGCAUUAGUCAAUGAUUUUCGUUUGAUGUUUUCCAAUUGUCGACGUUAUAAUGAAGAUGGUUCGCUUAUUUAUCAAGAUGCUGAUCGUCUUGAACAAAUAAUGGAUUCAAAAAUUCUUGAACUUGGACCAUCACAAAAUCAAAUGACCAAUCAAUUAGAUUCGACUGGACAACGAAUGAAAAAAGAACGUAUACGACCAUCAUCAGCUAUACAGCUGAAAAUGAAACAAUUAUUUGAUGCUGUACAAAGUUAUAGAGAUAUACGUGGACGACAAUUAUCAUCAAUAUUUAUGAAACUUCCAUCACGUACUGAUUUCCCAGAUUAUUAUGAAGUAAUUGCUAAACCAUUAUGUUUAGAAAAAAUAAAUCAACGUAUCAAAAAUUGUGUAUAUGAAACUGUUGAAGAUUUAUUAUCCGAUAUAAUAUUAAUGUUAGAUAAUGCUUGUAAAUAUAAUGAACCUGAUUCACAAAUAUUUAAAGAUGCAUUAACAUUGCAACAAGUUGCAUUACAAACAAAAAUUGGUUUAAAUGUUGAUACUGUUAAUGGAAUACCUGAUGUUAAAAUUAUUGUACAAGAUUUAUUAACAAAUUUGUUCAUUUCAGUUUAUACACAUCAAGAUGAAGAAGGUCGUUGUUUUUCUGAUUCAAUAAACGAAUUAACCGAAACUAAUCCUACAGAAUUGAAAACAUUAAAUUUUGAUAUAAUUAAACGUAAUCUUAAUCUUGGUCGAUAUCGUCGAUUGGAUCGUUUUCAACAAGAUAUGUUUGAUGUAUUUGAAAGAUCACGUAAAGUAUCACGUACUGAUUCACAAGCAUUUGAAGAUUCAAUUGAAUUACAAAGUCAUUUUAUUGCAAAACGAAAUGAAUUAUGUAGUAAUGGUGAACUUUUAUCAUCAAAAGCAUUAAAUUAUACUUUGAAUACAUUACAAAUUCAUAUUGAAAAUUUAAGACAAGAAAAAGUUCCAAAAGAAUUAUCCGAAGAAGAAUCUAAUCGACAAUCAAUGGAUACGGAUAAAGAAAUUGAUACGGUUAAUAAUACAAGUUCAAUGUCCAUUGGUGGACCAAUGCAAACAAUCAAUGAAGAUGAAACAAUAUUUUAUCAAGAUCUUAUGCUUAAAGUUGGUGAUUUUGUCUAUGUUGAACCACAUGAUAAAAAUCUUGAUCCACAUAUUGUUUACAUUGAAAGUUUUAAAAAAGAUAAUACUGGACAAGCAUUAAUAUAUGGUUGUUGGUUUUAUCGACCACCCGAAACAUUUCAUUUAGCAUCGAGAAAAUUUUUAGAAAAAGAAGUUUUUAAAAGUGAUAAUUUUACUACAACACCCAUAUCACAAGUAAAAGGUAAAUGCUGUGUUAUGUUUGUCAAAGAUUAUUUCCGCUGUCAACCGAUUAAUAUUGAUGAUAAAGAUGUUUAUGUUUGUGAAUCACGAUAUACAAGCAAAGGAAAAUCAUUCAAAAAGAUUAAAAUUUGGCCUUGUCUUCAGAAUACACCAUACAUAAUGCGAGCCAAUUUAUUACCAAUGUCACGUGUACCAUCAGUUUUUGCUAAAAAUCGUCAAAAUAUUACCACUGCUGGUGGUAGUGAUGGUAAACCUGUAAUGAUUGAAACUGGUGAUGAAAUUUCUGCCAAUGAUGAUGUAAUGGCUCCGGUAACUGAAAGCACUGAUUGUUCGGUAUUGGAUGUUCCACGGCCGAAUGUACCUUGUCCACCACCAAUCGAUUGUCCUGUAGAUCCUAGUGUUCAGAUUCAAUUCUAUGAACAAUUUUCAAUUCCAGCUGGAACAUUCCGUGUUGGUGAUUGUUGUUAUGUUCGUACAGAUCAGGAACGAAAUUUAAUCUGUCGAAUCGAUCGUAUGUGGGUCGAUCAUGAUGGUAAUCCAUAUUUUCAUGGACCAUGGUAUGUUCAACAAGCUGAAUUACCUCCCACUACUAUUGGAUCAUUUUAUCCACAAGAAGUGUUUCUUAGUUCAAUUGAAGAUACGAAUCCAUUAUUAUCCAUUUGUGAACGUUGUUCAGUGUUAGAUACUAAAGAUUAUUGUACUUUACGACCAACAGAAUUUAUGGAAAAAGAUGUUUAUGUUUGUGAAAUUCGUUACCUGGAACAUGAGAAAAAAUUCGAACCAUUACCUGAAUGUGGUUUGAAAAAAUUUCAUCUUCAAAAUCCAGCAACCGUAAUUGAUGAAAUUUUUCGAUUCCGUACUCCAUUAGUUUUGACUAAAGCAAAUCAUCAAUUACCACAAGUAAUCGAAGAUCCUAAUCAUCCACUUUAUCAAAAAUUGAUUGCUCAACAACAAUCACAUCAACAAGGAUUAUCAUCUACAAUUGAUCCAGCUCAAUUGAUGGUUUCCGAUUCACUUUUAUCAUCGGUUCAAGAUGAUUCUACAAAUGAUACAGUUACCGGUAUCAGUAUUACACCAUCAACAAGUAUUAUGCCACCACCAGGAACUCCUGCUGCUGCUGCUGGAAUGACAGUAUCGAAUACCCCUAUGCCAAUUGGUAUUCAAAUGAAUGUUACACCGAAUGGUUCAUUCAGGACUAAUAAUGGACAGAUUUUACCUGGUACACCGGUUACCACACCAAUCGUUACACCUUCAGCUAUAAUUUCUAACAAUGGUAUUUCCACACCAAUUACAUCAAGUGGAAAUAAUAGUAAAAAAAAGCCAGCUACAAAACGUUUGGUUACUGGUUAUAUUAUCUUUGCUUCUGAAUGUCGUCGAUCAGUUGUCGAAGCAAAUCCUGAAUGUUCAUUUGGUGAUAUUAGUCGUAUAAUUGGUAAUCAAUGGAAAUUAUUGACACCCGAACAGAAAAAUGAUUUUGAACAACGAGCAGCAAAACAAAAUGCCGAAGUAAAAGAAUUAGUUGCUGCUGAAAAAGCAUUACAAGAAUCUUUGGGCCCAUCAUCACCAGCUCCACAACCUGGACAGCCAAUGGAAAAUUGUGUAUUCGAAUGUCAUUGGGCCAAUAAAUGUGAUUACCAAUUCGAAGAUGCUCAAGAUCUUUUCGAACAUUUAACUGGAGAACCGAAUGGACAUGUUUGGAUUUCAUAUGCAGAUACUAAGGAUAAAGAACCGGGUGAAUUUCAAUGUAUGUUUCAUGGUUGUGGACGAGUUAAGAAAGGAGCCACACCUUUUCCAAGUAUUCAACGAUUGAUUCGACACUGUAAAGAAGUUCAUAUUAACAAACAGAUACCAAAAUUUCUUGAUCCAGCAAAACGUUCAAAGAAUUUUUUUCCAUCAUCUAAAUUGGCUGCAGCUACAAUGGAUCACAAUAGUCAAGGUUCUUUUAUACAAACCGGACAGCCAGGUACCAUUCCAAAAACGGGCACAACAACUACAAUUAUGCAGGGAGGACAAACAUAUCAAACAAUUAAUAUUCAACAUCAACCGCAAUUGACAUUGGGUCAACAUCAGGUGACUACAUCUACCAUUCCGAUUAUGACUCAACAAGGACAUCAAACUAUUGUUACUACACCACAUGGUACAGCACAAUUAGUGACAACUACCGGACAAGGUGGACAAACAUUCAUUUCUCAACAUCCAUUGAUCGCAACACAAUCCGGUCAAACUUUUCAAGGUGUUCUCCAUCAUCAUCAUCCUAAUCAAUCGACCGUUGUUCAAUCUGUUCCUCAAUCGACAAUCCAGUUUCAGGCUAAUGGGCAACAAAUUCAGUUACAAACCACUCAAAAUGCCCCUCAAUCAAUACCGACUCAAAUACAUAAGACAAGUGUUGGAGUUCAGGUGAAACCAGCAGAGCCACUUUUUGUUCAACCACCAAGAACUAAUCGUUUGGUACAUAGUCAAGCAUACAUGAAAUACAUUGAAAAUCUAAAGCCAGAUCGUCGAUUUAUUUCAUCAUGGGAUCGUCAAUUACAGGCGAAAAAACCCGAAAAUGUUUACUCUUUAGCACGGCAGAAUCAUUCUGCUUUGAGUAAUUGGCUGGAAAAUGGUCCGGGUGCCAAUCAUGGCACAAUCGAAAACGCUUUAUGGGCAUUGCGAAAUUUUAUGCACAAAGAUGCAUUAAAUUUAGCUCAAAAUUGUUAACAAUAUUAAUUUUUUUCAGACAUUAAUCAUUUUUAUUUCAUUCGACAUUUGUUUGCUAUUCAGUCGCACUUGUCUGUGUGUGUGUGUAAUGUAAUUUAGUUAAAUUUUUUUGAUAAGAUAUCAAAUAAAACCAAAUAUAUUUUUUUUGAAAGGAA